AUGAGAAGGAAAUGGCACGCCGCCGCGGUGCUGGGCAUAGCCUGUGUUGUCGCCGCUGCUGUCGCCGUCGACGACAAGGGCCUUGCGAUCGCCGGCACCGCUACAGCGCCGGAGGAUGAGAGCUCCCUAGGCAAGGUGGCAAGCUCAGGCGGAACAACUUAUCACCACGUGUGGCCGCCAAUGAAAUUCGGAUGGCGAAUAUUGUUGGGGUCAUUCGUUGGAUUCUUCGGGGCAGCGUUUGGCAGCGUUGGCGGAGUAGGCGGUGGUGGGAUCUUCGUGCCGAUGCUCACCUUGAUCAUUGGCUUCGAUCCCAAGUCAUCCACGGCCAUGUCAAAAUGUAUGAUCACAGGAGCUGCUGUUUCAACCGUGUACUGCAACCUCAAGCUGAAACACCCAACUUUGGACAUGCCAGUGAUAGACUAUGAUCUAGCCCUACUCAUACAGCCCAUGCUCAUGCUGGGGGUCAGCAUUGGGGUUAUUUGCAAUGUGAUGUUCCCAGACUGGCUUGUCACGGUUCUCUUGAUCAUCCUCUUUCUAGUUACCUCAACUAAAGCUUGUCUGAAGGGUGUUGAAACAUGGAAGAUAGAGACACUAAUAAAAAGGGCAGCAGCAAAACAAGCAGAACAAUCCAGUGAAGAAAUUGAGUAUACGCCAACACCUACGGACCCUGAUGCCGCAGCUGAACAAAAAAACCCGUCAGAUGAAGCAGUAUCCAUUUGGAAGAACAUUUACUGGAAGCAGUUUGGCCUUCUUGCCUUUGUUUGGGCAGCAUUCCUUGCGGUUCAGGUCACUAAGAACUAUAUAGCAAUUUGCUCCCCUUGGUACUGGGUUUUGAGCUUCCUCCAGCUCCCUGUGUCAGUUGGAGUGUCCAUGUACCAAGCAGUAGGUCUGAUGCAGGGGAAGAGGGUGAUAUCAUCAGGGGCAAAUAAGCAGACGAGCCUGAAAGCCCAUCAGCUAUUGGUAUACUGCUCCUUUGGCGUCACUGCUGGUGUCCUCGCCGGUCUGCUUGGCGUCGGUGGGGGAACCGUCAUGGGACCCCUCUUCCUGGAGCUCGGUAUCCCUCCGCAGGUCUCAAGUGCUACAGCCACCUUUGCAAUGAUGUUUUCUUCUUCCAUAGCCGUCGUAGAAUACUACCUCCUGCGCCGGUUCCCUGUACCAUAUGCCCUCGUCUUCACCGGUCUGGCAUUUUUUGCUGCAAUUGUUGGCCAGCGGGCUUCGAGGAAGCUGAUCAAUUUGUUAGGGCGGGCAUCAUUUAUUAUCUUCAUAUUGUCCUUCUUCAUUUUCAUCAGCGCGGUUACUCUAGGUGGAGUCGGCAUCUCCAACACAAUUCACAAGAUGGCGCGGCAUGAGUACAUGGGAUUUGACAACAUUUGCUAA